AUGGCCGCCAUCCGGCACCGUCUCAGAUUGGCCAGCACAUUUUGCGUGGCGGUUUGUUCAGAAGUGAGCUGCAGAGACGGAAGUCGGCCCCCAGUUGCCGACAUCCUCGUGGAGGAGUUGUACCUCGGGAGAGAUCCCAUGCUGGCCCCCUUGCCCGAAGAGAAGCCUCGAGAUUACGAUCGUGGUAUGACACAUGUCUCAAGGAGAGACAUCGACAUGGUGCUUUUUUCGGCCGUCCAACCGGUGAGCUUUUGGUUGGAGCUGGGCGCUUUUGAGGGCGGAUCGGCAAUCCUCACCGCACAACGGGUGAACCUGCAUGGCUUGAACACGUCUGUUGUUGCUGUGGACACGUUUCUUGGGGAUGCCCACGUUAUUUGGGAGAGGACGAAGGAGGAGAGGCAAAAAAAGAAUUUCCUCCGUCCUGACGGCACGGUCGCUCUUUACGACCGAUUUCGGUCCAAUGUUCAUGAUGCUGGGCUCCAGAUGUGCAUUCUGCCAUUGCCUGCGACAUCUAUUGUGGCACUGAAGUUGAUGGCAUCCCUUGCUGCGAGGCAUGUCACGCCGCUGCCCCAAGUAAUUUAUUUAGACUCUGCGCAUGAGGGCGGCGAAGUUUUGCUGGAGUUGCGCUUGGCCUGGAAGGCUUUGUCUCCUGGUGGAAUCCUCUUCGGAGAUGAUUGGGUAUUCGCGGCCGGGGACAACUGUGUGCAGGAGGACGUGUUGAAGUUUGCUACCGAGGUGGGGGCAGAUCUGGAUGAUGGCCUUGGGAAGGAGGUUCAGGAUCUGCGCACGCUGGGUCGUGUUCGGGCUGGGGUUUUCGUUUCCUACCAAAGCUUCCAGUGGUUCCUGCGGAAGCGGCUCGUGACCACGGCCCAAUCGGAGGUGACGAGAGACCAGAUCGACCCAGGCUAUUCUUGCUGGACUGACGGCUUUGAUGCCAGACUCUGCUGUGACGAGAAGAAGUAUGGGCCAGGUGGCUUCCGAAACUGCUGGGACUUGGUCUUCACCUUCGAUCGCUGUUGCAAAUGA